GAUAAUCCAGGGAGACUUCAAUUGCCGGGAUUUUCUACACGACUGUUAGACUUCGCUCUAGACGAUCCUGGAAUUGCGGGGUAGAGACCCUCUUCCGUAGAUCGGUUCAAACUGCUGCAUACUGUAUGGCUCUUGAAGCCUUCGUAUAGCGAAAGGGAGGCUGUACAACUGGACAGUUACAUUUCCUGCUGGAUAGAGGAUAUUGCCACAUACAAGGCUCUCUAAAAAUCCGCAAUAAUAUUGCCGUGGCUGUGGAGCGUCUCCUACAGCAAGGGGGCCAAUGACCGCAAGAUGGGAGCAAGCAUGACCCACCUACAGUACAAAACUACGAAGUCUUGCAGAGGUGCUCUAGGGUCGGCUCGCUGCGACGCAUCGCCAACUGGUUGCUGCAUGCCACCGCUUUGGCGCCAUCUCGCCGGCACUAACCGUUAUGAGGUGUGUUCGGCGAGCGCUUCCAUUUCGAUCGUUGCAGUAUACUACUACAUCACUGCAGCAUCAGUAGCCAGCAUUCAUAGCUAGAAGGAUAUAUAAGCUGGCUCAAUCAUGCCGUCAUUGGAGAUG